AUGGCAUUCCGACAGCCGCUCCAGCAGCGGCGCCAGAUCCAGCGACCGGCAUCCAUCCCACACUCUCUCGUAGCCCACGACGCCACACGUCACGGACGUGUGGAUGAGUCGCAAGAGUGGAUCCUCUUCUCACCACAACUCGAACACGAACCAUCCUUGACCUCGUAUACAUCACAAACAUCACACAUCCAACAAGUGACCGGCUUUUCUGACUUUGGCUCCCUCGAAACUGGCGACCGCUCAAACCAAAGGCAAGCCGACGACGAUGGUGAGGUCACCUGUCAGGGCACCGAGAUCGAUGAAGAGGACGAAGAAGAGUUGGACAGCCUAGAUGAUGGCCUACAUACCUUCCAUCCGUCCUUCUCUCUCGAUCAGAGUGGUGGUGCGGUGCUGCCCAACCAUGAUGGCAUGGGCUCUUUCCCCGCACUCUACCACAACAACGACAAUGUUCAGGAACAUCUAUGGCAGUUUGAGAGGUACAAUCCAUCAAAUCGACGACGAGCUCAGCGAAGGCGCAGCAGUGUACAGCGCAAGUUCGAUGCCCUAGAGGAACUGGAAACGGACAAACAGGAAGAGAGACGACUUCGGGUUGAAAGAUGGCGCUUGGAACAGAGUCGUGCUGUGCUUGAAGAGAUUGAGAAGGAGACACGCAGACGAAGAAAGAGACUGUCGAUCGCUUCGCGCGCCGCUUCGACUGCUGCGCCAGCUACAGAUACCGAGACCGAGUCGUUCUGGCAGCGUAUUACUCGCAGAGUCAUCAAAGAUCUCAUGGGUUUAGACGACACCACUUUGUCCGUCAUAUUUGGCGAAGAACUCGCUCCAGCAGCUCAGACGACGCCUACUCAACAAUCUCCUUUGACCGAAGUCUUCUCUGCACAUCAGGAUCGAGUAUGGGAGAACCGACUCCUGAAUCGGAUUGCCAAAGAGCUUGGUAUACUUGCCAACCAACUCGCCGAAAACGAUCGACAAGAUCGCACCUUUAGUACCUAUAUGCCUUACCAGGUUGAACAGUCCACACCAUCGCAACCACGACAGAUUCCACCCUCGACUGCAACAGCUCACUCUGUCGAUGCCCCUCAGUCCAGCUCUGCUCCUCCACUUUUCGCCCCUACUUUCGCAAACCCUCCUGUAUCACCUGCCGUCGAAGCAGAUACUUCCCUGUGGGGCAUCCCAGAACAACCGCAAGAAUCGACCGAAGAACAAGCCCAAUCACAGGAUAAAGAUCAUGAAACAGAAUACUGGGAGCGUGACUUGGACAUCGGAGUAGUAUUCCGAUACCUCCGCAGCCGCUUCACAUCACGUCCGCCAUCGCCAUCUCCUCCUGAAUCACAGCCGCAACCACAGCAACAAUCGCAAAGCAUUCUACCAGCAGACUGGGCAUCUCCCAGCAAUGCUGCCGUCACAGCUUCUGCUCUAGGCACUUCUCCAGAGUCACGACGUCGAGCCGAUCUCAUCAGGCGACAUCACCCACUAGUGUCUCACGCAGCCUCGGUGUCGGCACAGCGUAGACGAGAGAGCGUCCUGUUGCACACACUCAUGCAUCGACGAGCACAGAGCAGCAGUUGUGCUAGCCAGAGCACCAAACGUACACGCUCUGGCGGUUCGCGCCGCUAUUGGGAUUUCCCGAGUAGCACGGGCAGUGUGGUCAGUGUUGGAAGCACUGGCGAGGGUGUUUUGGGAGGUUGGGGUGAGGUUUGA